ACAGACCCACAUGAAAUCUAUUAGUACUCACAACUCACUACAAAAGCACAUCUCCUUUCUAAGCUUCUUUGCUCUUCUUUCUUAUCUACUCUCUCUCAUUGCUCCUCUGCCUUCUGAGUUUCUUCUGCUCAUAACCCUGCUAUUCAUCAAGGAUGAGAGAGAUUCUUCACAUCCAAGCUGGGCAAUGUGGAAAUCAAAUUGGUGGCAAGUUCUGGGAGGUUGUGUGUGAUGAACACGGCAUUGAUGCCAAGGGAAAUUAUAAUGGCAAUUCUCAAGUUCAGUUAGAGAGAGUCAAUGUAUACUUCAAUGAAGCUAGUGGUGGCCGCUAUGUCCCUAGAGCUGUGCUAAUGGACUUGGAACCAGGGACCAUGGAUAGCUUGAGGACAGGUCCUUAUGGCCGAAUCUUCCGGCCAGAUAACUUUGUUUUCGGACAAAGUGGUGCCGGAAAUAAUUGGGCCAAGGGACACUACACCGAGGGAGCCGAGUUGAUUGACUCAGUUCUCGACAUUGUCCGUAGAGAGGCAGAGAAUUCUGACUGCUUGCAAGGCUUUCAGAUCUGCCAUUCACUCGGUGGUGGGACCGGUUCGGGGAUGGGGACAUUACUGAUAUCAAAGAUCAGGGAAGAAUAUCCAGAUCGGAUGAUGCUGACAUUCUCAGUGUUUCCUUCACCUAAGGUCUCCGAUACUGUGGUGGAGCCGUACAAUGCUACCUUGUCUGUACACCAAUUGGUGGAGAAUGCCGAUGAGUGCAUGGUUCUUGACAAUGAAGCCCUCUAUGAUAUCUGCUUUAGAACACUCAAACUCGCAAACCCUAGCUUUCGAGACCUGAACCAACUGAUCUCGACCACAAUGAGUGGAGUAACGUGUUGCCUCCGAUUCCCUGGUCAACUCAACUCAGAUCUCCGCAAAUUAGCAGUAAACCUCAUCCCAUUCCCACGUCUUCACUUCUUCAUGGUUGGAUUUGCACCACUCACAUCCCGUGGGUCCCAGCAAUACAGAGCUCUCACCAUCCCUGAGCUCAGCCAACAAAUGUGGGAUGCCAAGAACAUGAUGUGUGCCGCGGACCCACGUCACGGCCGAUACCUUACCGUGUCGGCAAUGUUUCGUGGCAAAAUGAGCACAAAGGAAGUUGAUGAACAAAUGAUCAAUGUUCAGAACAAGAACUCUUCCCAUUUCGUCGAGUGGAUUCCCAAUAAUGUAAAAUCGAGUGUUUGCGAUAUCCCACCAACCGGGCUUUCGAUGUCGUCGACGUUCAUGGGGAAUUCGACGUCGAUACAAGAGAUGUUUCGGAGGGUUUCGGAGCAGUUUACUGUUAUGUUUAAGAGGAAGGCUUUCUUGCAUUGGUAUACAGAAGAGGGAAUGGAUGAGAUGGAGUUUACAGAGGCAGAGAGUAAUAUGAAUGAUUUGGUGUCGGAGUAUCAGCAAUACCAAGAGGUGGAUGUCCAAGAGGAGGAGGAAGAGUAUGAAGAGGACGCUGUGGAACACUAGAAAUUAAUUAAUGAAAAAAAAAAAAUGUGUGAUUAUCUUUGUAUUUAAUUAAUUAAUUAUUUACUAUGGGUGUUGUGUGAUAAAUCUUUUUUUUUUUUUUUUUUUUUUUGGGUGAUGUGAUUGCUUGUGCUUUCUGGAUUAUUAUUUAUUUUGUGUAAAUUCUCUUUAAGUUGUGAGUUGAGAAUGUAUUGAGUUCAUUGUUUGGUUUGUGCAUAAAAAGUUCUUGUGAAUGGUAUGCUCC